GGAUGCAGUGUCGGUCAAUCAGCCACGUGCAGGCACACAGAUGUCCCGUGAGCGACGCCGUGAUCACAUCACCGACAGCCACCACACACACCAACGACCUCAGCAUUGAGUCAGCAACAAGGCCAGUACGCUCAGCUCAACAAAAUCAUGUGACGUCCCCCUGGUCUUCUGCGUCAUGUCCUUCGCCUUCCACCACGUAUGCCGCGCCGGCAGUGUCAGGCGCCCCGCCCCUCUCCUCCCUUGUUGGUGGAGACACGAUUUCCCUGCUCGCUCCCUCUUCUGGGGCCGCCGAUGCCUCUGGCUGACCGGGGAGCUGCGGCGUCUCUUCCAAGUGCACACCUUGGCCUGCGUCUUUAUGACCUCCAGUGGCUUGGUGUCCAUCCCCCUCCUGUGUGUGUCUCCGCUUGUCAUCUCUUGGGCCAUCCUCGCCCGCUGGCCCUUCAUCAGACUCCGUCUCGCCGACAGACAGCCGCUUCUGCGAGACAGACGUCGCCCUGGAGCGUACGAGAGAUAGACACACAGAGGUAGACAGACAGCGUCCAUCCAUCCAUCCAUCCAUGUGUGUAUGACGGCCGAGCUGACCUGCUGCGGAUGGUCUCUAGCCUCUUGGUUGUCUGCCGUGGAUCCCCUAAAGCUGGAUCUGCAGCUGCUGCGAAAAUGUCGUAGUCGACGCCCGCUGCUCGCAGAAGCUCUUCUGACACAGCCCACAACUUGCUGCCGAAGGCCUCGUUCUGGCAGAUGGGCAGAGGCUCGACCAUGCGGCAGUCAAUGAAGUACUUCCCACUCGUCUGUCGACAUGAGGGGAGGGAGAAAGGCAGGUCGAAUGGUUGGGAGUGUGAUGUGUGUAUGUAUGCAUCACUUGUUCCACGGUAGGUGAGGAGGCCAACCACACCGCCGUCCAGGCACCCAUUUCAGCUGUCCGUAAUGGGCACAACAGCUGCCAACAAGACAGACAGACAAACACCCUAGUCUCUGGUGGGGAUGGCCGUGGUUGAAUCGAUCACGUACCCUGAACAGGGUGGCCCCGCAGCCCGUUGCCCUCUUGAAUGCCGACGCCACAAUCCCUGGAUGAAGCGCAUUCGAUGUACAGCCCCUUCCCAUCAACCUGAGAGACAUGCAUGGCGGUGAGGUGUACGAGUCAGACUGCACCACACCUUCUUGUUAGCUCUCUGGAGAGGGCAAUGUUGUAGAGCUUCGUGGCACAAUACGACGAAAAACUGCUGUACCUGCCGACACAGACAUACAUAGAGACACAGCUCAUAAUACACGCACAGCCAUGGCCAUGCACACUGCAAGGAGACAUGGACUGUUCACCGCUCUCGUACCGCUUCUCAAAACACAGGUCAUCUUGGUCAACUCUUGCGAAGCGGUAUAUCUCGCCGGACACAAAGAUGAUGCGAGAGGGCGCCGACGAUAUCAGCACGUCGAGCAGACCGACCGUGAGAAAGAAUGGACCGAGGUGGUUGUGUGCGAACGUCACCUCGAAGCCGCCAGACGUCGUCGUCCGCUUUGCAGGUCCCUUUCUUCCUGAGUUGUGUAUGAGCACAUGCAGGGGCAGAUUCCUUGAGUGGAACUCGCAGAGGGCGUCUUCCACCGACUGCAUGGACGACAGAUCCAUCACCAGACCAUCUUCCACCGCGGCCCCGGGAGUCUCCUUCCGCAGCUUCUCGGCAGCCUUGUCCAGCUUCUUUCUACUCCUCGCAGCGCAGAUGACUGUCGCCCCAUGCUUGACAAGCCAUCUUGCAAUCUCGAAGCCAAUACCAGCCGUGCCGACGCCAGUCACAAGACACACCCUUCCACACAUGUCUUGCUUUAUGGGC